CUACUUGUUUCCAACUCUCUUAGAAUCGUCUUUAGUUUUUGAUCUGCAUUAGGCCUCACAACUCAAAUAUCACCAGAAUUUUAGACAUUUAACAAAAUAAGAAAAAAGAACAUACCUGCAAAAGGCACCAUCGGCUGUCGUUGCUACUCUUAACGCUCCAUUUUAUAUACAUAUAUAUAGAUAUAGAUUGUUUGAACUGAUUCAGGAAGUUGAAUAGUGUAGGAUAAAAUGGGUUGGAAGUCAGCGCAGAAACUGAUUCAUCACUGGAAGAUUCUUAGAGAUCAUGAUAAUUAGGGGGAAAGAUAAAGGGGAGACUGGUGUUGUUAAGCGUGUAGUUCGAUCUCAGAAUCGUGUUAUUGUUGAGGGCAAGAAUCUGGUGAAGAAACAUAUCAAGCAAGGUCAAGGUCACGAAGGUGGGAUUUUCUCAGUAGAAGCCCCCCUUCAUGUCUCAAAUGUUCAGGUUGUCGAUCCAGUCACAGCGAAGCCCUGCAAAGUUGGGAUUAAAUACUUAGAAGAUGGUAGCAAGGUAAGAGUAGCAAGAGGGAUUGGAACAUCAGGAGCCAUAAUUCCUCGUCCAGAAAUCUUGAAGAUGAGGACAACCCCUAGACCUACUAUUGGUAACUUUCAGAUUCUUGCAUUUUCACCAGCUUAUUUAUGCGAGUGCUUUUCUUCGUGUUCAAUUCAUUUGGAGCUUGAUCCUGCCUUUGUAUCCAGCCGUUUAAACAUGCUCUUCUUUUUUGUUCAAGACAAGACAUAAUACAUGGAAACAUGCAACCUGAAAACCUAUUUGCGAGCAGAUGCUCUAGUUGUUACGCGUGAGUGUAGGAACAAUGGUGAUCAGACUGUGCAGUAUGUUGAACUGUAGCUGACAAUGCUUAGCUUGAAAUUAGAUAAUUUUACCUUCUCUUGGCUUGGCUCACAACAAUGCGAAAGUUAACUAAUGGAGGAAAGAUAUAGUGAUGCAUCCUAUAAGAGAUGUCAUGUCAAAUAAGAAAUCCGAUACUCAAGUUCGAACUUCAAAUAGAUGUACUCUGAUUUUUUACAUCGGUUUUAAUCUGACACUGCAAAAUGAAAUUUAGGAACUCUAUCAAAUAUGAAUUGAGAAAUUUCUGUU